GGAAGCGCGUUCCUAGUUGUCCAGGCAACACCUCCCUCCCUCUUUGUGUCUCGUCUCCCCCCCCCAUCCGCCCCCCCUUCGCCGAGAACUGGGCCCGUGGUUGCCCACCGCCUGAGAUCUGCAAGCUGCAUGCCCACGAGUGCCCACUUAGACUUCGGCAUUCAGAGAUAGCAGCAAUGACAUCAAAAUGGAGAGCUACUGCAUCUUGGUAUUCUCACCCAGUAUAUGCAAGAUACUGGCACCAUUAUCAUCAUGCAAUGUUUUGGAUGCGAAGCCACCAGAAUGCCUACAGAAAGUCCAGGGAUUCCCAUUUUACAUCCCCGUGGUUGUCCCCUCAUGGAGUUCUUCCAUGGAACUCUCUUGCUUAUGAGGCUAGGCCUCCUUGGAAUUUUCAAGGCCAGUACAUGGCCUGGCAGGAGCCUCCCUACAGUGCUUCACAUCUCAAAAGCUCUGGGCUGCCUCUGUGUGAUAGCAGUAGAACCCAGGCAUCCACAAGAGAAGAUGAAGCCCCACAUGAAGACGAGGAGAUGGAGUCAGAUUCAGAUAAUGAAGUAGAAUGCGACUUGAGCAAUAUGGAAAUCACCGAGGAGCUUCGCCAGUACUUUGCAGAGACCGAGAGGCACAGAGAGGAGCGGCGGCGACAACAGCAAUUAGAUGCAGAGCGCCUGGAAGACUAUGUGAAUGCUGACCACGGCCUGUACUACAGCCAUCACCGGUCAGCAGAGCCCCCAUCUGAGAAGCCUGGGGAGCGGCGCCAAGCGGAGAUGAAGCGCCUGUAUGGGGACAGUGCCCCCAAGAUCCUGGCCAUGGAGGCUGCUGUGCAGCUGAGCUUUGACAAAUACUGUGACAAAAAGCAGCCAAAAUAUUGGCCUGUCAUUCCCCUGAAGUUCUGAGUCCUGGGCACAGGGACUCUAGGGAAUGCCUCCAGAACCCUCUUACUUUUGGAUGUGUUCUCUUCAUCUCUCCUGGGCAUUUUUCAGAGAAAGAGGCCUAUAUACCAACACAGUGGAUACAAUCUGUCAGUCACUUAGAUUCUGUCAGUGGGAGGUGUACUAUUGCCAACACAAAGAAUGCCAUAAAGCAAUAAUCAUGUAUAUUGUACUGGCUCUUGAUUUGUUCUCCAAUAGUUCAUUCUUGCCUAGAGAUACCGUCUAAUGGUUUGCAUUUGUAAUUUCCUUCUUUAAACCUUCCUGGAUGUCACAAAA